GAUUUUAAACCUACCCCUAAACUUAACCACACUGCUUACUUUAUGACAAACCCAAAGCUCAGAUGAAGUAGAAAAAGCACAUUUUUGUAGCCAUAUUUUGACUUUGUGGCUGUGGAAUCUGACUUUGUGGCUUUGUUAUUUAGUGGAUCUCCUGCUCCUUCACCGAAGACAGCGACGUGACCAGCGAAGGCCGCGUUAUGACUCAGUGGCGCCCCCUGGUGUUCAGUAAAGAGAAACACCACCAGCUGCAGGACAGGAUGCCGUAUCAAACAACAGGAAACGCCCACUUUAGUUUUUGCACGUGUCAAUAAUGUUUGGUAACAAGUGUCCCCUUGAGAGGCAAUUAACGGGAAUCGUUCACCGGUGAGCAGAGUUUAGACUUUUCAAGUUUGGCAGCUGAAGUUUGACGCAGAACGUUCCUUGUCUGUUUGAGGCCUGUGUGGGAAGAUGGAGUGGCGAGAACAGACCAGUGUGACCUGUGAAGAUGCCUUCACCGAGGCUCAACGGUGGAUGGAGGAAGUGACAAACAAAUCAUUCGGGAGCAACAACUUCCGCUCUGCUCUGGAGAAUGGAGUCCUGCUCUGCCAUCUAAUCAACCAGUUGAAACCAGGCCUUGUUAAGAGAAUGAACACGCUGCCUACUCCAAUGGCUGGACUGGACAAUGUGAAUGUGUUCCUGAGAGCGUGUGGUACACUGGGUCUACACGAGGCUCAGCUGUUUCAUCCUGGAGACCUGCAAGACCUUUCCACACGCGCUAUACUCAGGUGUGUAGAGAGCAAAAGGAGGCUGAAAAACGUUCUAAUCACCAUCUACUGGCUGGGUCGGAAGGCUCAGGUGGACCCCUUCUACUCUGGCCCUCAACUCAACCUCAAAGCAUUCGAGGGACUACUGGGCAUCGCUCUGUCCAAGGCUCUAGAAGAAACACCCAGAGGCAGUGUGAAGGACUAUGACUACAGUGACGUGAGCUACCCGGAGAGGGACGAUGAGCUGCUACCUCUAACCCAGUCCCAGCCACCCGGCUACAGCAGACAGGACUCCGUAGAGAGCUUUAACUCGGUCCUGAGCUUUGACUCGGCGGAGUCACGUACCCGCAGCUGUAUCUCUGACUCCAUCCUGAGGGCCGGCAGCGAGGACUCCAGCAGUGACGUGGAGGCAGAGAGCUGUUUUAGGAUGAGGGCAGCGGCGGAGGGCAGAGACUCGGGACAGAGGAACUGGGGCAACGUACCUGCACCCCUCCAGAGGAAGAAACGGGAGGACAACCGAAUUAAGGGCUCCAUGCCCAGCCCCCUCACCAGGAGCAAGUCGUUGAAUGACAUCAGGUGGUUCCCGUCGGCCACGCAAGUGGUGCGCCAGGUUUCUGAGGGUGGCAUGGAGCUAAGCCCCAGCGCCGUGAGCCAGGACCAGCUGCAGAUGGUCAGAGUCCGGGUCCACGAGAGUGAGGCCAAGUGGCACAACGACCUGACCAAGUGGAAGCUCCGGCGUCACAGGUCUAACUGUGACCUGCGGAGGAAGAUGCAGGAGAGAGACAACAUCGUCCUGAUGACCAACGCAGGGGUCGUUACAGGCGGGACAUGCAGGAGCCUACAAGAGGACAGGGAAGAGGAAGAGGAGUCCCUAUGCAGCAGUAGCCACAACAAGGUCUCUCCCUCCACCUUGGCCAAGGAGGGUUCCCUGGAGCUCCGACCCCACACCAGAGCCCCGCUGGCCCUCAGCUCAUCCGUGGAGUCUCCCUACAGCCCCGGAGCCUCGGAACCCUUCACCACCCCCAGCCUGACCCUCCAGGCCCAGGGACCCUCAGCCGGAGCCGUGCCCCAAUCAGAGCCCCUCGUCCUAGGGGAGAGGCGUCACACACCGGUGGAGCCAGACGGAGCUGGAGGUUUAGCCACUUUCCCCAACUCUGCCUCUCCGUUCUCCUCCCAGACCCAUGCCCAGACCAUCUCUAGCCCAGCUCUCGUGAUCUCCACUGGACGAGACCAGAACAUCUCCUUGCUCUCAAACGGGAUCCCCACGACCCUCACUGGAUCUGGCUCAUGUCUUACUACCAGUUCUUCUCUAACUACCUCUGACCUGGUGAACGGUACCGGCUCAAACCUAACCAGCGUUACCAGCUCCCACAGCCCCUCUGCCUCCAUGGACAUCCCAGACCAAGCCCUCCUCUCUACUGUAGAGUCCCUGACCUCGGUGGUAGCCCCAGCCCCGGGUCAUGUCUCAGCUCCCCAGCAGCAGGCGCUCCCCCUCUACAGGUACAGCUCCAGGGCUCCAGGAGGAAGAGGGGUUUCUGCUUCUCUCCCCAGGGGAUACCGCCGGUCUGAGGGCUCUUCUUCCUGCCUCUCUGCCGGCUUCACCCCCCGGCCGUUUGGAGCCAAGUCCUGCAGAGUGUCCUCGCUACCCAGGCUCUACAACUUGGAGAACUCUCUACUGAAUGGAAACGGUUCCCUGCUCCCCAGCAAGACUGUUCCCUCACGCCCCCAGAAAAUGGUCACUAUCUCCGAGGUCGCUGUCAGGGCUCAGCCCUGGGCCACAGCCAAUCAGAGCAGUGUGAACCAGGAAGUAAAUGAGGAGGGUGGGAGUCAGACCCAGCCCUCCAUCCUGAAGGCCAGAGGUGGUCCCGGACCUACCACCCACCCCAAACCCAGCCGGAAGGGACCCUUAUCCCCUUCUCUCCUGCCCAGCCUCCCUGUCUCAGUCAGACAGAAUGGCUCUGCACAGGUACGGCCCAGUGACAGAGUGUGUCUCACCUUGAAGCUUAACAGUCGACCACACUUUGGUUUCAACACUCACUGGGACUCAACAGGAGCACGAGUUGGAGGCAUCCAACCAGGUAGUCCUGCAGAGUUGUGCCAGCUGCGUGCAGGUGAUGAGAUAGUGUCUGUUGGUGGGCACAGGGUGGCAGAGAUGACCCACAGCCAGUGGAAGGGCACCAUGACCUAUGCCCUGCAGACGGGCAGUCUCACCAUGGACGUACAGCGCCAUGGUGACAACAGUCCAACUGAUACCAGCAGAGACGCAGCGAUGGUGAAUCUGGCCCAGCUCAACGGACAAGAGGGGGUGACCUCUAUAAGCAUGAAGGGGGCUUUUCGGGACGAUCCUCUGGCUACCAGAAGUAAAGAACAUGAUCUGAUUGUGUUGAAAACCCAGAAAAGGAGAGCAGAGUUUUUUCAUCAGAAAGGAGGAUCGGCGUCUGCAAUAUCUGAUCUCCAGGUGCCGUCCCUCAGCACCUCCCCCUCCAGUUGGUCCUGGGACCCCGAGGAAGAGAGGAGGCGGCAGGAGAAGUGGCAGGAGGAGCAGGAGUGUCUCCUACAGGAGAAGUACCGGCAGGACCAGAAGAGGCUGGAUGCUGAGUGGCAGCAGGCCCAGGAGGAGGCAGGGGUGGAGGGAUACAGGCAGGCUGAGGUGACCCCUGAUCCUCUACCGUCCAGAGGCAUCGUGGGAAAUGUAGUCCCUUGUGUCAAAUCAUCCACACCGAACAUGGAGAGCUCAGGAGAGAUGACCGACGGGAUCGCUCGCCUUGCCAGUCCUCAGCCAGUCUUGAGCCAGCCCAUGCCCCCUGUUGCCCGUGUGGCAUCCAAUCAAAAGAAGGAAGACGUUUUCGACGGGGGAAGAAGGGAGGAGCCUCAUCCUCAAGAAGGGAGGAGCCUGGAAGAAGAGACGGAUGGCCUGGCAGAAGGAGAUAACUGGUCUGGGGACUGCUAUGGUUUCACCCAGCUAUCUAUAGCUGACAGGAUGAAAUCCAAGUCCUUCCCGUCGUUGGAGGGUUUCCACAGACAGGAGGUGAAAGGCGGUACCGGGGAGGUCGCUAGGAGGAAGCCUGGUCAGAGCAUGUCGGUAGUAGAGGCUGAGAGGCAACAGAUCCUGGAGGAGAUGAGGAAGAGGACGGCUCUGCUGAUCGACAACAGCUGGAUACGACAACGCUCCACCUCUGACAACAAACAACCAACUAACCGGCGAGGGCCAAUGAGGAGGUACGACUCUCUGGACAACCUUCCCUCCUCUUCCUCCCUGCUCUCUAACCCCCAACGCCCCCACUCCUCCCUGGGUUUCUCCGCCCCGUACCACCCCCCCUCCUCCCGGCACAGCAUGGGUGGGGCCCUGGGGGGUUACUCCAACGGGACCCAGAAACACAGCCCUACCUGGCCCCGCCCCUUCAGCACGUCUUCCACCCCACCCAACACCGGAGAGGAACCCGCCACCGGCCAAUCACGACCCGUCUCACAGCAGCACGACCGAGUGCUGACUUCUCGUCAGGUGUGUUCAGUGUGUGUGUGUCCUAUGGGCAGAGGGGCUGCCAUGGUCAUUGAGACCCUGAACCUCUGCUUCCACCUGGCCUGUUUCCAGUGUGUGGACUGCAGGUGCCGACUUGGAGGGUCGGAGGUCAGAGCCCAGAUCAGAAUCAGUAACGGGAAGCCUUACUGUGACACCUGCUAUAUCCGACUCAAGUCCCACCUCGCCACCUCCCUGUGACCAGAAUGCAUUGCAGCAGAUUGAGGAAGAGACGACGACAACAACACCCUCGAACACGACGGUGGACAUCUUGACUAUGACCUCGUGUUGACCGUAUUUAGAGCUGGUUGACCUUUUUAGGGAACAAUGCACCGAUUUAUACUAUUGGCUGUGACUCAAAUGGCUUCCUAUUGGCUGUGACUCAAAUGGCUUUCUAUUCCCUACAUAGUGCACUACGACCCAUAGGCCUCUGGUCUAAAGUAGUGCACUAUAUAGGGAAUAGGGUUCUAUAGGCCUCUGGUCUAAAGUAGUGCACUAUAUAGGGAAUAGGGUUCUAAAGGGCCCUGGUCUAAAGUAGUGCACUAUAUAGGGAAUAGGGUUCUAUAGGGUUCUAUAGGGCCCUGGUCUAAAGUAGUGCACUAUAUAGGGAAUAGGGUGCCGUUUGGGACACACCCUGUGUCUCUAAGAUUCAGUUUUGGUGUUCUUCCUCGUUAAUUAACUACUGUACUUGUCCACACGCCCUGUGUCUCUAAGAUUCAGUUUUGGUGUAAUCCUCGUUAAUUAACUACUGUACUUGUCCACACGCCCUGUGUCUCUAAGAUUCAGUUUUGGUGUUCUUCCUCGUUAAUUAACUACUGUACUUGUCCCGUAGCUUUUAAUAUGCAAUCGCUGGCUAUCCACAAGAAUAACUGGAGACGUGUAGUUAAGAGCUAUAGGGAGUUUUAAAUCACAAUUGUACUUUUGGGAUUUGUUUUUCUUGUUGACGAAGUAAAUUGAUAAAUGAGCCUCUAUUAAAUGAAUCUAAUAAAUGUGAGUAUUGUAUUUGA